AAAUGUGAGCGAGUGAGGGUGGAGAGACAGAGAGAGAGAGAGAGAAAGGGGAGGAGAGAGUAGGGGCAGACCCACACACAGACGCACACACACACACACAUACAGUCAUGCACACAGAGGCGUAAGCUCACUGACAGAGUUCCAACACUGCAGAUCUGCCUGUUUCUCUAUCGCUGUCAAUCUGCUGUGCGUGUGGCUGAAGGGGUAACAGCCCAGCAGUUGAAGUCGUGUUGCCAUUGGAAGCAGAGGACAGAUGAAAGGAGAUAGCUGGAUGUGUUUUCUCGUGGAAGCGGCUUGAGGCUGGCAGUUAGACGAUCCUCCCCCAUCGUCGGAGAGGCGGCGUCAGGGCCGGUGUGAGGGCCGGUGCUGGAUCCAGAGACCCCUGCCAGGGGGGGGGUUUCAGGGCCCUCAUCGCCCUGCGGGUGUGAGUCUGGACCAUGGGGGACGUGGGGGCGGGGGCGGCGGGGGGCGGGGUCAAGGUGAUCCGCUCGCACACGCUGUUCGACAACUUCGUCCAGGCCAGCACAUGCAAGGGCACGCUGAAGGCCUUCCAGGAGCUGUGUGACCACCUGGAGCUCCAGCCCACAGACUCCCGGGUCUUCUACCACAAGCUCAAGUCCAAGCUCAACUACUGGAAGGCCAAGGCGCUCUGGGCCAAGCUGGACAAGAGGGCCGGCCAGAAGGAGUACAAGAAGGGCCGAGCGUGCGCCAACUCUAAGUGUCUGAUCAUCGGUGCGGGGCCCUGCGGCCUGCGUACGGCCAUAGAGCUGGGCUUCCUGGGGGCCAAGGUAGUGCUGCUGGAGAAGAGAGACAUCUUCUCCAGGAACAACGUGCUCCAUCUCUGGCCCUUCACCAUCCAGGACCUCCGGGGCCUGGGGGCCAAGAAGUUCUAUGGGAAGUUCUGCGCUGGCGCUAUCGAUCAUAUCAGUAUCCGUCAACUCCAACUCAUGCUGCUCAAGGUGGCUCUGCUGGUGGGCAUCGAGAUCCACGUCAACGUGGAGUUCAAGGGGCUGAUCGAGCCUCCCGAGGACCAGGAGAGCGAAAAGAUAGGCUGGCGGGCUGAGAUUAACCCCAGGACACACCCCGUCAACGAGCUGGAGUUUGAUGUCAUCAUCGGGGCCGAUGGAAGGAGAAACACCCUGGCAGGAUUCGCACGCAAGGAGUUUCGGGGAAAGCUGGCCAUCGCCAUCACGGCAAACUUCAUCAACAGGCACACGACGGCAGAGGCCAGCGUGGAGGAGAUCAGCGGCGUGGCGUUCAUCUUCAACCAAAAGUUCUUCCAGGACCUCCGAGAAGCCACAGGGGUUGACCUGGAAAACAUCGUCUACUACAAGGACGACACACACUACUUUGUGAUGACGGCCAAGAAGCAGAGCCUCCUGGAGAAAGGAGUCAUCCUGCAUGACUACGCGGACACGGAGAUGCUGCUGUCCCGGGCCAACGUGGACCAGGCCGCCCUGCUCUCCUACGCCUGCGAGGCCGCCGACUUCUCAACCAAUCGGCAGCUGCCCGCGCUCGACUUUGCCAUCAACCACUACGGCCUGCCCGACGUGGCCAUGUUCGACUUCACGUGCAUGUACGCCUCGGAGAACGCCGCGCUGGUCCGGCAGCGCCACGGCCACAAACUGCUGGUGGCGCUGGUGGGGGACAGCCUGCUGGAGCCUUUCUGGCCGAUGGGGACGGGCAUUGCCCGAGGGUUCCUUGCUGGCAUCGACUCAGCCUGGAUGGUGCGAAGCUGGGCUCAGGGAAACAGCCCCUUGGAGGUGUUGGCCGAAAGGGAGAGUAUUUACCGCCUGCUGCCGCAGACCACACCGGAGAACGUCAGUAAGAACUUCAGUCAUUACAGUGUGGAUCCCACCACGCGCUACCCCAACGUCAGCCUCAACUUCCUCAGGCCAAACCAGGUCCGCCACCUUAUUGACAACGGGGAGUCCAGAGAAAUGCGCAUUGAGAUUGAGAACGUGAUCAACUCUGCGUCGUCCAAAUUGACCAGGAACGAAUCCAUCGCUCGAUCCAGUAAGCUUCUCAACUGGUGCCAGAGGCAGACAGAGGGCUAUAAAAACGUCAAUGUUACGGACCUCACCACGUCCUGGAAGAGUGGGCUGGCCCUGUGCGCCCUCAUACACCGAUACAGACCGGAUCUCAUGGAAUACGACUCGUUAGAUGAGCGGAACCAGGAGAGGAACAAUCAGUUGGCGUUCGACGUGGCAGAGCGGGAGUUUGGUAUCUCCCCCUGCAUGACGGGCAAGGAGAUGACCUCCGUGGCAGAGCCCGAUAAGCUGUCCAUGGUCAUGUACAUCAGCCAGUUCUACGAGAUGUUUAAGGACACAGUGCCACCCGGAGAUAACCCCAACCUGAGUCCAGAGGACAAGACGGCGUUGAUCGCGAGCACCAAGUCGCCCAUCUCCUUCCUCAGCAAGCUUGGCCAGAGCAUCGCCAUCUCCAGGAAACGCAACCCAAAGGACAAAAAGGAGAAGGAAACGGACGGUUUGGGGAAGAGGAGAAAAACCAUCCAGGCGGGGAAUUCUGAAGACGAGGAUCAGGUGAGGACGGGGCCUGACGACAGGCCGUCGCCCUCCACCACCCUGACGGACAGGAGGGUGGACCCCUCCGCCGCGGCGGGGGGCCGGGACAACAAGGUCAAGGUGAUGGCCAACCAGCUGCUGGCCAAGUUUGAGGAGAACGCGCCGGAGAAGUCGACGGGCCUCAAGAGACAGGCGGGCUCCCUCCCCAAUCUGGACCGCAUUCUCACCAUUUGCCCGCCUGCUGCCCCUCACAAGCAGCCCAGCCGCCUGGCCCCUGUGCCAGCGUGGAGAAAGAGGCGAACACAACAGCAGGAGCAGCUCAGCAUUCGCUAUAAAGAGCGGGUGAAGCAUCAGACUCAGCCUGGCCAAGGGGAGCAGGGACCGGCCAGGAGCAACACCGACCACCUGCCCAGCUCGGCCUCUCGAAGCUGCCCUAAGAAAACCAUUCUGCUUCCCUCUUCUUCCUCCACCUCUUCACUCUCUCUUCACUCACAGGAAUGGAAGCCGUUGCACUUGGAGGAUCCCGGGCCCAUUCACAUCCCUAGCAUACAGGAAAGGGCUGAUUGUCUGAUCUCUAAGUUUAAAGGCAAGCCUAAGAAGCCCCCCAAGCCCAAGAGCAAGCCCUCACAUUUCUUUGUAGAACAGUGGUACCUCUCCCGGGGCCUGCGUCCCAGUGUCUCACCCCUGUCCUCCCCAGACUCUCCCAGAAAGGAGCCGGCCAGGGCUCUCCGCUCGGAGAACCAAGGUCCCUUACACGUGCUUAGCAUUCAGCAGAGGGCUCAACAGCUUGCCUCUCAGUUUGAGGGCAAGCCAGCCAGACCACAGACCAAGAAGAAACCUUCACGUUCCUUAAUGGAACAGUGGCACCUGGCCCGGGCGCACAGCCCCCCCGAGUCCCCCCUCUCUUCCCCUGAUACUUUCAGACAGCGCUAUGUAAAGAUGUACACAGGGGGCGUUAGCUUAUUGGCUGAUCAGAUAGCCAAUCAGCUUCAGUCUCACGAAGAACCCAAGCCCCUGCUUGACAAGAGGGAACUGGGCUCCCUGAGGAAGGAGUUCCCGGUGAACAUCGGCGGCAGCGACGUGUGCUUCUUCUGCAGCAAGCGCGUGUACGUGAUGGAGCGGCUGAGUGCCGAGGGCCGCUUCUUCCACCGCAGCUGCUUUAAGUGCGACUACUGCGGCACCACGCUGCGCCUGUCCUCCUACGCCUUCGACGUGGAGGACGGUAAAUUUUACUGCAAGCCCCACUACUGCUAUCGCUCAUCAGGCCAAGGCCAGAGGAAGAGGCCGGCCCCCUCCCCCGCGUUACCCAGACCUAAGACGGAGAUCGUGGCGGCCAGCCGGCCCGACCCGGCCACGGUGGACGCCCCCCCAGGCGCGGCCCUCGUAACCCCGACGGGCCCCUCUGCCGAACGCCGCUCCUCAGUCCCGGAGGCCAACGGCCUGCCGGAGCCCGUCCUCCCCAAGCGUCUGCGCGGGACCCCGGAGCGCAUCGAGCUGGAGAACUACCAGCUGUCCCUGCAGAGGGAGGAGGUGCUGGAGGAGGUGCCGGAGGAGACUCUGGCCGAGCACAACCUCAGCAGCGUGCUGGACAAGACCCUGAACGCCGACCCUGGCUCCAGCAGCAGCUCAGAGUCUGACAUGGACGACGAGGAUGAGGAGGAAGAAGAGGAGGAACCAGAGGAAGUGGAGCAGCAGCAGCUACAGGAGGAGGUGCUGCAGCAGCAGCAGCAGCAGGAGGAGGAGGAGCAGUCGCUCCCCAAAAGCCCCUCUGAUCUGGGAGGCGUCCCCUGGAGGGAGGCGGUGGAGCUCCACGCCAAGCUGAAGGGAGACAGCGAAGAAGGCGGAGAAGGUGGAGAGGGAGGUGAGGAAGACGCCAUCCGGAGGGAGGAGGAGGAAGAGGGAGCGGACGCGGAAGACGAAUAUGAGGAAGACGAAGAGGAGGAGGAGGAUGACGAGGAAGAGUCUAGCGACGAGGGGGAGUACUUCCCCUGGGAGAGGGAGCUUCAGUCAGGGCUUUGGCUGGAGAAGUACCUCACAGACGAAGAGGAUGUUGGUACAUUUAAAGCCAGGAGCCUCCUGAUCCAGCAGGUGCUGCAGCCUGUGGACCCGCGGGCCCCGGCAGGUCUGGGCGGGAGGGCGCCGGGCGUGGAUUCAGAGGGCAACAGGCCGCUGUCUAACACCUCCCAGCUGUCCCAGCCCUCUGAGCAAACCCAGCCCUCCUCGACAGCCGUAGCCGCGGCGGCCGCCCACGCGUCCCCCCGGCAGGACGCAGUGAGAGUGUGGCUGGACAGCAUCUCGGGAGAGCCCUGCGAGGAUCUGGAGCCGGAGCAAGAGGCCUACGCUCCUGAUUUAGAGCCUGGCACACAGAUGGAUCAGGAUGACAUCCCCUCGGAUGCAGAGGCGGAGGCUCGCCUGCACCCGUCGGAACACGUUCAGUUACUUCCUGCUGAGGACAGGAAGUCCAGGUUCCUGGGAAAUGUGUCCAGCGUUGAAGUAUCCAGUAUCGGUCCUUUCCAGAAAGAAGAUAUCAUUGUUUCUCCCAGCAAGCCAUCUGCAGAGCCUGAGAUACAGAUAAAGCCCCCGUCUCCUCGCUCCUCGGUGGAGUCUCCCAGCUCGCCCUUUUCCCCGGCACCCUUCGUACCGGAGACGGCCCUGCCCGAGAGCGCCCCCCCGUCGCCCUUACCCAGGAGCCCGCGGGGCUGUUCGCCGUCUCCCGCCGUUUCUCCCGGUCCCACUCCCGGUCCCACUCCCGGUCUCACUCCCGCUCUCUCUCCAGCUCUCACUCCCGCUCUCACUCCCGCUCCAUCUCCGGGCCUUCCGGCAUCCCCCGCGGUAUCUCCCGCCCCGUCGCCCACCACCUUCGCCUUCACGCCCCCGAUCCGGUCGCAGCCCGUCCCCCUGCCGGCGUCGUCCGGCGCCUCCGUGUCUCCGGUGUAUCCCGACCGCUCCAUCUGCCCCCUCACCGGCAACCCCCUCUCGCCCAUCUGCGCCCCGUCGCUACCCUGCCGAGAAGCGUCCUCGCCCAAAGCCUCCCGGUCCCCGGUCCGGACGCAGCCGGUCCCCGCGCUCAGCUCCACGCCGCGGCCCAACGCGGCGGACCCGGAGCAGUCCCCGGACGCCCCCUCGGAGGACACCCCCUCCAAGAAGGCCGACAUCAUCGAGGAGUUCUGGCUCAAGAGCGCCGAGAUCCGGAAGAGCCUGGGCCUCACGCCGCUGGACCGCAGCAGCAGGAUCCUGGAGAAGAGCCCCGACACGUCCUCCUCCAGCUCCAGCCUCGCCCCCUCGCCCCCGGCCCCCUCCGCCUCCACCACCACCACCCCGAAGCCGCUCCGCCCCCCGUCUCUGUCGGCGGAGCCCAAGCGGCCCGUCAUCCGCCGGCUCAACAUCACCCUGGAGGGUCAGGUGAUCACCCCCAUCGCCGCGCCCCCCUCCUCCGCGGGCGCGCUCGAGGGCAACGGCUCCGAUAAGAAAGCGCUGAGCAGCAGCGGCGCCGUCGGCUCCGGCCCGGGGCUCCAACGGAGCGUGGCCCCCCGGAGCCGGGCGGCGCACAGCGAGAGCUCCAACGCCUCGGACUCCACCAUGAUGACCCCGCCGUCAAGCCCGCCCCCGCCGGUGCCCGCCAACCAGUCUCCGGCCGUGCUCCGCCCCCAGAGGCACCAGGUGGCCUGGACCAACGGCAAGGAGAAGCCAGGGGUCACGCUGGCCAACGGCCCGUCCGCCGCCAAACCAAAGACCCCCGUGUCGCCCCCCAGAGUCAAAAGCCCGGUCUCGCCUCCGAGGGCCAAAACCCCCGUUUCGCCUCAGAGAGCGAAAACGCCGGUACCCACGCCGCGCACGCAGCUCAGCCCCGUUGUGACGGGGCCCAAGCCUGCCCUCCGAACCCCCACCUCGCCGAUCAAGGCCCCCAAGGUGGAGGUGAAGGAGGAGGAGGUGGUGGUGGUGGUCAUGAGGGAGAAAAAGAGGCCCCGGCGGGAGGAGGCCCGCAAGUCGUUUGUGGAGACGGUGGCGGAGAUCCCGUUCGCCGACGACGUGGACGAGAACUUUGACGAGCGCACCCCGGAGACCAGCCUGAACAAGUACUACACCCCGCCCACCAGCCUCCGGCCCCCCCUGCACCUGGCCCUGGCCAUGGAGAACGGCAAGCCCAACAUCCCCGGGCACCCGAGGGCCACCCAGUUCUCCCCGGAGGCCAAGGAGAUCGCCGAGGAGCGGAUGAGGGCCCGGGAGAAGUCCAUCAAGAGCCAGGCCCUGAAGGACGCCAUGAGCAAGCAGCUGACCAAGAUGAAGGAGUCGGACGCGGUCAAGAGUGCGGCGUCCAAGGUGGCCUGGACCGUCGCCGCCGCCGACAACGGCGGGAAGGGCAGGAAGCCGGCCGUCUCGCCCAACACGUCGGCCGUCAAGGCCCUGGAGUCGAAGAAGGCGGAGACGCUGCCGGAGCGCUUCUUCGGCGGCAACAAGAGCCUGGACGGCUCGGUGGCCUCGUCCGAGGGCUCCUCGGGGGGCAAGAGCAAGAAGCGCAGCUCCCUGUUCUCGCCGAGGAAGAGCAAGAAGGAGAAGAAGGCCAAGAACGAGGGCGGCAGGCCCUCGGGCGACGGCGAGACGCCGCCCAAACACAAGUCCCUGUGGAAGGCCGUGUUCUCGGGCUACAAGAAGGACAAAAAGAAGAGGCAGCAGAGCGAGGAGAAGUCGUGUCCCAGCACGCCGUCCUCGAGCUCCACCACGCAGGACUCGGGGAAGAAGGGCAGGUCGUCGCCCGACGGGAAGUCGUCAGAGCUAAAGUCGCGCCGUAACCUGAGCUUCUCCGAGGAGUCAGACCUGUCCUGCGACGACGUUCUGGAAAGAUCCUCCCAGAAGUCCAGGGCAGACCGGCACGCGGACAUCUUCGACUUAGUGUCAGGCAUUCAGCAGGAGGCUCUGAGAGAGGAGAAACUUGGGAAGGAAAGGAGGAGAGUGUUGAAGGAGAGGAUGAGGGCAAAGGAAAGGAAAAAGGAGAAAGCUAAAGCAUGUGACAGAGAAGCUGUUCGGGAAAGAGAGACCGGAGCUGAUGAGUCUGUUUAUGUCCCCCAUGCACUGGCCUUCAAGAGAUCGUAUGCUACAAAGAAAACGUACACGGAGGAGGAGCUGAACGCCAAGCUCACCCGGCGGGUGCAGAAGGCGGCGCGGCGGCAGGCCAAGCAGGAGGAGCUCAAGAGGCUGCACCGGGCGCAGAUCAUCCAGAGACAGCUGGAGCAGGUGGAGGAGAAGCAGAGGCAGCUGGAGGAGAGGGGGGUAGCCGUAGAGAAGGCCCUGCGAGGGGAAGCAGGGUUGUAUAAAGGUACUUGUACAAUACCCAAACAGCACAAACGAAGAUCAGACUAUUGGGGAGAUUCUAAUUACAGUGAAAUCCUGGACUUGCAUCUGGGCGGCAUGGGAAAGAAGGACGACCCCAAGCUGAUGCAGGAGUGGUUCAAACUGGUGCAGGAGAAGAACGCCCUGGUCCGCUACGAGUCGGAGCUCAUGAUAUUCGCCAGGGAGCUGGAGCUGGAAGACCGGCAGAGCAGGCUCCAGCAGGACCUGAGGGAGAGGAUGGCUGUGGAAGACCACCUGAAGACGGAGCAGGAGCUGAGCCGAGAGAAGCAGAUCCUCAACGAGAUGCUGGAGGUGGUGGAGCAGCGCGACUCCCUGGUGGCCCUUCUGGAGGAGCAGAGGCUCCGCGAGAAGGAGGAGGAUAAGGACCUGGAGUCGGUGAUGCUCUCCAAGGGCUUCAACCUCAACUGGGUGUGAGGGCGGCCGCCCCCCCCCCCCACACAAACACACACAGACCAAGCCGCCCGGAAUGUCCUUUUUGCUUUUUCUUUCUUUUUUUCCCCCUGCAAGACUGCGAUGUUUCAGCUAUGGAAACCAGUCGCUCAACGCAGAGAUCGACCCCUUCUCCAGUAUGACCCCACUCGUCGGCCCGUACUUGCCUUUCUCACAGGGUCUUUGGGUUGUGUGAGUGUGUGUGUGUUUUGCCAGGGCCCUACGGAGAGGACUGACGGAUGAAUGCAGAGUCUCCGCUACUGCCACACCCACAGCCGUGAAUGUGUAGUGUUCUCCCGCUGCAGCCACGAGUGUGACGGAACGGAUUCUGUUUAGUUUUUAACGUUUACGUCGGAAAAACCGGCUGCUAGAAGCCGAUGUUGACGUUAGUUCCGUCGGUCACUUUUUAUGUUUACGUUAGUUUUUUUUUUACGCUAAACGGUAAAAAAAGAAAAAUGGACGUUACCGUUUGUUACCCCCCCCCCCCCCCGCUCCCACCCAAAAAAGGCUUAUGGGGUAUCCAGAUCUGGAGAGACUGAUUAUGGCGAGCUACAGCUUUAGUAUUGCUUAAAAUGUUCCUCUUUAUAAGAGGAACUUUGGGAGAAUUUAGAAAAUAUUCAAAGGGUUUUAUCAUCUAAAAGGGAAAAAAAGAGAGGUUGGGUCCUACUGAUGUAAAGGAGUUGUACAGAUUCACUGGUAGGUAUAUCACAUUUCACAGUAUAUAGAGAGUUCUCGUUUAUUGCUUUGCAAGGACUGCUAAAGAGAUUGUUUGCGUUCUGCAGAGAUGCCUCACACUCAACUCUCCCAACUGCGGGGGAUCCGUUGUGAUUGGCGACCCCGACGAGGGAAACUGACACUCCACUUAGGCUGCCUUUCUAUCCAAUCACAGGCCAGCCCCUGUGUCCUUAGGAGUUGUUUCCGAAGAGGCUCAAAGACUUUAUUUUAUUUCAUGCUCCCUUUUCCCCUGACAAUGAUUUUUUAAAUCCGUUUGAAUGUGGCCGCAUGGGCUUCACAAGCACUCGUUAGAGUGGGUUGCUUUCAGCAGAUAUAACGUGUUUUCCUAUGUGUAACCAGAGUAACCAGACCUCAACCAUUCUUAACCAGGCAUACCUUGAUAGGAACUGCAUGUCAAGAGCAGCGAGCACAGGAUCAGGACAAAGUCUGCAUUUUUUGGACUUGCAUUGUCUGAUUACAAAAUAGAUUAGCAAACACAAAGGGAUUUUAAGAUUUUCACAAAGUAAAAAAGUCAUUUUCCCCAUUGCCUGGUAUUUCUUGGCAGCAAUCUUGAUUUGGGUUACAUCAAACCCAGUUUUAAUCUACUAGCUCAGUGCAAUAAUUACACACACACAAACAUCUGUGGGAUUACAUAUCCCUACUCCAUAACGGGCAUUAGUAGAGUGAAAAUGGAUAAGGCUUCUCCCUUGGCCGUUAUUGAGGGUUCCUACUGUGUGGUUGUGUUGGUUUGGGGCAGGUUUCUGUUGUUACUGGGUAGGUCCACUGAGUCAGAUGCUACCGGACAUGUUGGUUCAGCCGUUGCAACAACAAAGGAAUUCACCACAAACACAUAAACGCUAGUGUUAUUCUCGAACAAAAGGCCUUUUUAGUUCUGUCGUCAUCGGACACGUUUCAUGUUGGAUGUCUGUGGGUUUACUUUGAGGUGCGGCAAACAUUUGUACAUCUCACUGGGAAUACACUUUUACUUUUUUUUAAGUCAAAUCUUUUUAUACAAAAGGACUUCAUAACCGUUUUUUUGUUUUUUUUAAGCAUAGACCAGAGAACAUGAGAUCUACGAACAACCCGUGGUUUGGGACAUGUAGUUCCUUGUUCAGCGUUUGAAUCCACUAGUUUUCUCACAAACUGUAGACACAAAAGGGUCUUCACUGUUUUUCUUGCAAAGACACCUUGUGCCAGAGGCUAUAUUUAUGACUUGAGCUGUGAAGGAAAUGUUACACAAUUUCAAGGCUUUUAAAUGGUGUGACAUGUUUGACAGAUUGUGUUGAUAUUUAUUAAUGUGUGCAAGGCUGUAUUAUAUGUUAUUAUAUGUACAAAAAAAUGGAAUCCUAAUUUUUAAAAUGCCAUGUUCACUAUUGACUUGUAAAUGCUUAAUGUAGCUAAAGCCGCAUAGGGUGUUGGAUGUAUGCAGAAAUGGCAAUAAAACAAUGCAGUAAUUUUGAGUCAUUAUA